AUGUCGUAUCCACCGCCCCGCGCUCAGUCUCCGCUGUCUCGAGGCCGCGGUGCUUCUCCCCGCCCGCCUCCUUCAUAUGCCCGCUCAUCUCUAGACCGACCCUCUCCUUCGUUGGGCCCGCGUAACCUGGAAGAUGAGUUACGACCUGGCGUACCCCCUCCAAUAUACGUGAGGAGGUCGGGCACACAGACUAUCAGCGGGAAAGGCAUUUUGAAGAUCCAUGUCCCUGGUUGGGCUUGCGUCUUGUUACGCCCCCCUCGACUUCUUGAUCUGCACCCUCUCGACUCUAACAACGGGGAGCGCAACCCUCCUUCGAAUGACACGGUUCUCACGGGAGUACUCGAAAUCCUCAUGACCGAAAGGCGAAGAGUACACGCCGUCUCUGUAGGUGUCCAGAGUGUGGCGCGCUUGCACUUGGGGCAAGGAAGAGGAUGGGAAGAAGAUGGGAUAUUUGAGAGGGGUGUGGAGGUGCUGGGAGGGAAUGAAGAAGGCAUCUGGCUUGAAAAGGGCACUCAAUCGCAAGUUCAUGUUUCAAUGGUAUGA